AUUUGGAAAAUGUCGGAAAUUCCGUGACCUGGAAGUACUGUGUUAGCGUUGCUGAAGGUACGAUGAUGACGCUGGUGAAGAAAGAUGGCAGCAGCUGGAAGAGCAAUUGUGCAGGCUGUGCGCCUUCACUCGCCACUUAUAAAGUUUCCUAAUCGCCUUAGUGACCCAAGACCCAAUGUCCAAGAGGUGCUGAAAAUGGGAGUUGCCGCAGCACAGCAGUCCAGUGGUACACAUAGUUCACCUAUGACCUCUGCACCAUCACCCCUGAUUCGCCUCCCGGGAACGUCGGAUACCGCUGCAACUAUCAGAGAUCUUCCCCAGAGGUAUCGAAGAAGGAUAGUUGCUCCAGAGGAGAUGGAAUACAUCCAGCGUGGUGGACCAGAGUAACAGACAUCUUCACUGAUAACCUGCCAAACCAUUCUCUGGAUAUUUGCUCAGUACUGUAUAGCUUUUUAGGAGCAUAUCUGCCAGAGAUUCCAAUAUAAAAUGCACAAAGAAACAUUUAUCUCUAGAUCCUGUUGGAUCAGAUCGCUGAAAUGUUUAUUUUUAUGUUCAAGCAGUGUUGAUAACCUCAAAUGCUUUUUUGAAUGUAUUGUGAUAUGCGAUGGGAAGUAUGCAGAUUCAAGCAUUGUCUAGUUUUCUUCUAAUAGCCUAUGUAUUAUGCAAAGUAAAGUGAAAAACUGUAAACCCUCCAUUGUCAUGGCUAUCAGUUAUCUACCUGAUAACAGCUACAGUGCCUUCAGAAAGUAUUCUCACCCCUUCACUUUUUCCACAUUUUGUUGUUACAGCCUGAAUUUAAAAUGGAUUAAAUGGAGAUGUUUUCACUGAUCUACACAAUACCCCAUAAUGUGAAAGUGGAAUUAUGUUUAUAGGAAUGGUUACAAAUGAAAAGCUUAAUUGUCUCGAGUCAAUAAGUAGUCAACCCAUGUUAUGGCAAGCCUAAAGUUCAGGAGUAAAAAUGUGCUCAACAAUCCACAUAAGUUGCAUGGACUCAACUUGUGUGCAAUAUUAGUGUUUAACAUGAUUUUUAAAUGACUACCACAUCUCUGUACCCCACACAUACAAUUAUCUGUAAGAUCCCUAAGUUGAGCAGUGAAUUUCAAGCACAGAUUCCACUUUGCGAACCAAGGUUUUCCUAUGGUCUGCAAAGAAGAGCACCAAUUGGUAGCGGGUGCAGUUAUUAAUUUUACACUUUGGAUGGUGUAUCAAUACCCCCCAGUCACUACAAAGAUAGUCGCCCUUUCUAACUCAGUUGCCACAGAGGAAGGAAACUGCUCAGGGAUUUCACCAUGAGGCCAAUGGUGAUUUUAAAACGGUUACAGAGUUUAAUGGCUAAUAUGAGAGAUUAACUGAGGAUGGAUCAACAACAUUGUAGUUACUCCAAAAUACUAACAUAAAUGACAGUGUGAAAAGAAGGAAGCCUCUACAGAAUAAAAAAUAUUCCAAAACAUGCAUCAUGUUUGCAAUAAGGCACUAAAGUAAUACUGCAAAAAAAUGUGGCAAUGAAAUUAGUUUUUUGUCCUUAAUACAAGUUUUAAUGUCACGUGCACAAGUACAGUGAAAUGCCAUUCUUGCAAGCUCCAAACGCAACAAUGCAGUAAUCUACAAAGCAUUAUGUUUGGGACAAAUCCAAUACAUUGCUGAGUUCCUCUCUUCAUAUCUUCAAGAAUGGUGGUGCAUCAUGUUGUCAUCGGCAGGGGAGUUUUUUUUAUAAAUAAGAAACAGAAUAGAGCUAAGCAUAGACAAAAUCCUAGAGGAAAACCUGGUUCAGUCUGCUUUCCACCAGACAUUGGGAGAUUAAUUCACUUUUCAGCAGGACAUUAACCUAAAACACAAGGCCAAAUGUUUUGACAUAAAUCUACUUGAAAAUCUAUGGUUGUCUAGCAAUGAUCAACAACCAACUUGACCGAGCUUGUACAAAGUUAACUCAGGGGGUGUGAAUAUUUAUGUAAAUUCAUUUUCCAAAAAAUGUCAAACAUUUCUAAAAACACGUUUUCACUUUGUCAUUAUGGGGAAUUGCGUGUAGAUGGGUUAAUAAAAAAAAAUCAUAUUUAAUACAUUUUUAACUCGGGCUGUAACAAUAAAAUGUGGAAUAAGUCAAGGUGUAUGAAUACUUUCUGAAGGCACUGGAGUUGCUUACCAGUGAAUGUUCCUGAGUGGCCUGGUUUCAGUUUUGACUUAAAUCAGCUUGAAAAUCUAUGGCAAGACUUGGAAUUGGCUUUCGAGCAAUGAUCAACAACCAACUAGACAGAACCUGACAAUUUUUUUUUAAGAAUAAUGGGCAAAUAUUUUUCAUUACCGGUGUGCAAAGCUUUUGGAGACUUACCCAGAAAGACUCAGCUGUAAUCGUUGCCAAAGGUGAUUCUAACAUGUAUUGACUCAGGGGGUUGAAUACUUAUCUAAUCAAGAUACAGGUAUAUUAGUGUAAUAUUUUGGAGGGUGGGGGUACUUUUUCUUCCACUUUGACAGAGUAUUUUGUGUAUUUUGUGAUCGUUUUCAAAAAAAUGACAUCCAUUAUAAUCCCAAUUUGUAAUACAACAAAAUGUGGAAAAAGUCAAGAGGUGUGAAGACUUUCUGAAGGCACUAUAUAUAUACUCCCUUCCAUAUGUGUUUGGACAGUGAAGCAAAAUUGUUUUAUUUGGCUCUAUACUCCAACAUUUUGGAUUUGAGAUCAAAUGUUUCAUAUGAGGCAACAAUACAGAAUGUCACCUAUUUAUUUGAAGGUAUUUUCAUACAUAUCUGUUUUACCAUUUAGAAAGGAAAACACUGUAUCUAGUCCCCCAAGUGAAUAAGUUGUGUAUUUGGACAAAUUUGCUUAUAGGGUAUUAAAGUAAUCAAAAGUUUA